GAAACGAGGCUGCGCUACCUUCUCCAACGUCUCUCCCUCUCCCGAACUCACCCCACAUGACCAUCGCCUCUGUCCCUCCAUCCAUUAUCUUGCACUUGGGCCUUUCCCCGUCAUAAUUCGCUGUUUCUUUGUCAAUCUACACGUUGCCUCUCAUCGUCAACAUCCUCCUUCAAAGAACUUGUCCUCUCCUCCCUUCACCCACACAAUCUUGUUUCUUCAAAUUCACCCAUCUCAAAUCUAAUCAUCUCUGCGCCCUGCCGCCUUGACAAAUAUCACACGACGUCACUCAUAUCCUUCUCACUCUCCUCCCACGUUUAUAAUCUUAUCCUCCUUUGGCAUCCAUCUUUACCCACUUGACGCCACGUGGCUCUACUCUUCCGCCCCUCUCUUUAUGUAUUCCAUCAAUAUCUUCCUCCUUUGGCUUUCUCUCGACGUAGUCCGGUACCUCGAGGCUUUCUUACCAACUCCUUGGACCACACCGACUCGCUUCCUCCCCGGUCUUCUUGUGCAUCUGGCCUAGCCUUGCCUGUCCUUACUUGUCAAACAUCAUCUACCUCUCCUCUCCAACAACUACUGCGCCUCUCUCUAUCCCCUUUGUCUCUGAUCACCUCACUUGAUCUUGAUCGCUCCUCAAUAUACUCUCGUCCUAGCCUCCUUGGCAAUCAUGCUCAUGGUGAUAAUCUCUCUUUCUAUAUCAAUGUCAUCAAUGUCCUUCCGUCUACCACUGUUGCUCUUCUUGUAUGGCUCCUUAUCUUGUUGCGAUGUACGCAUUUAUCCAUAUUGCUGUCGUCAUUCCACUCAUCACGGAGAUUUUCUCUCUUUCCACAGAACACUUUACUUGUUCUGUCAUAUUUUUGACAGCAGCCCGUGAUGCUGCUGUGUAAAACGCACUCCUCACAGGCUGUUGGAACACGUAUCACUCUCCUACUUCUCUCUUGCUCCGUCGAUGCCAGGACGCCACUGCAAGUAGGACUCACGAGGCUAUGCUGAAUCGACAUGGCGAAAUGGCUGUCAACGGUGGUAGUAACGAGGGUGGUGUGGUGUUUUCGAUCCAUGCUGUAUGUUUUAUAUGCCGGAUGAUCGUUUAUGUCAGGCCUUCCCCCUACGUUAUGGACCGCGACUCUCCGCAUCAAAGGGUCCCGAGGCUCUUUCGCCAUUACCCACUCGGUCUUUGCCAAGCCCUCUAUCCUUUUGAGGAUGGCGCAGCUCACAAGGUCGAGCCGUCCUAUCAUGUAUAGAGCCACGAUAUACAUGAACGAUAUAUCUGACAUACUGCACUUUAAUAAAGCAUUGCUUUCCUGGAAACUGUUGGACUGCCUGAGACACUGCAAGUGCUGCGUGUAUGCGUGGUGUAUGUGUGGCGGUCCCGUCCCAGUAGUGUCACUGCUUUUCACAAAAUAAAGUAAUUAACGCGGGU